AUGCAACCUGCUUCAUUCUUCAUGAUGAGGCCCUUAAUCCUCAGGCCCUGUCGCUCGGUCUCUCUUCGCCUAUGUCGUGCGUUUUCCUCGUCGCGAGGAAAUUCUCAGCUCCAAUUGGCGUAUAACCUCCACCGUGCGCGAGACUCUCAGAAUGCGACUUCGGCGCCCAAGAAAAACCCGAUUGUUUUUAUGCACGGCCUAUUCGGCUCGAAGCAGAAUAAUCGGAGCGUGAGUAAGGCACUUGCCGAUAAGUUGAAUACAGAUAUUUACGCAAUUGAUCUCCGAAACCAUGGCGAUUCCCCCCAUCACCCAGAGCAUAACUACUCAGUUAUGGCGAACGACGUCGAGGAGUUCAUUCACGAAAAUGACCUGGAAAAGCCAGUAUUGAUUGGACACUCAAUGGGUGCAAAAACUGCCAUGACAAUCGCCUUGCGCCAUCCAAGCCUUGUUGGCGGAGUGAUUUCGGUUGACAACGCGCCAGUGCGUGCGCCUUUGAGUAAAGAUUUUGGCAAAUAUAUCCGGGCAAUGAAAGAGAUCGAAGCUGCGAAGGUCACGAAGCAGAAGGACGCGGAUGCUAUUUUACAGCUUUACGAGGACUCGAUAGCAAUUCGCAGUUUCCUCCUUACCAACCUCAUCCGAUGCAAGGAGACUAACACCCUCAAGUUCCGUAUACCUAUUCAUAUUCUAGGCGACAAGCUCGAUAACAUGGCGGAUUUCCCAUUCACUCCGGAGGAAAAUCCGGCUAAAUUUGAAGGUCCGGCGCUUUUCAUUCGAGGAACGAAGAGUCACUAUGUCAAGGAUCCAUCACUGAAUGUGAUCAAACUUUUAUUCCCGGCAUUCAGGCUUCAGGAUAUUGAUGCUGGGCAUUGGGUAAUUUCCGAAAAACCUCAUGAGUUUCAAGAAUGUAAUCGACCCCGUCCCGCUCGCUGA